AUGGAGUCAUCAGGGUCUCACAUUCCAAAGAUCAAUUUGCAGCCUCCAGCGGUUGACUUUAUUGACAAUCGCUUGGACUGCUACCAUCCAGCCUUUGCGACGCCACCAUCACAAUACGACCCAAACGAACAGGCUUAUGUCAUUUGCGAGCGACGUCACUCUUCAGGACCACUGAUAAACUCAGUCAGUGGUUCGCGUCCAUCAACACCUCAAAAUGCGCAAAUCCCACCGAGAGAGUUUGCGGCAGAGCCGAUGGAUGCACUCAAAUUCUGGGACACGCUGUUUCCUCUGGCCAUGGAUCAACUUAAAGAGGAGCACCCGACAGAGCCUGAUGUAAAACAGGAGUUCAAAAUUCGCGACAAAAAAGAUUGUACAAGUGUAUUUGAUCAACUUGAAAAGGCCAAGGAUUCGUACAGCAAGAAAGACAAAGGUUUCAAAGCUAGGUUCACACAAGUGUAUAGAAAGCUUGCUGAUAAUGUCGAUCCUAUCAUUGGCGCCACCAAGUUCGUACCCAAUAUCGAUUAUGUAACUCCAGUGUUGGGAGCUGUUCAGAUCCUUCUUGAGGCUGCGAAGAAAGCCGCAAAAGUCCGAGAGGACGCUAUAAGCUCUUUUGAUGAUAUUGACAGAGUCUUCUCGCAAGUCGAGGGGUUUCUCCAAAUAUACAAGAAUGACAAGAAUCUCGAGAAGGCCGCAAUCGAUUUGAUUGCUGCAGUCUUCUAUGCCAUUGAAUGCGUGAUUUCAUUCUUCAUCAAAAGCCCUGGCAAAAGAGUGAUGGCUGUUACUUUCAAUCCGGAAGGUUAUCAGCAAAAGAUUACGGAAAGUUUGACUGCGAUUAAAACUCAGAGUGAAAACCUCAUCUCCGAAGCCGAUAUGUCUGGAAAGUAUGAAACGAGCAAUGGAUUGCACAUGGUCUUAGACCGGAUGGCGACAUCACAAGAGCUAGAUGAAAUACGCCGCAGCCAGCACUUCUUGAAAACAACAUUUUUGAGUUUUGUUGAUGAGUUCCAGAACAACUUAAAAGCCAGCGAAAUGGAAAGGAUGGCAUAUGUAUACUCUCGUCCUUGUUCGCCCAUUCCCCCCGUGGAGCAAGUGGGUUUUGGACAAUACAUCAACCCGCAAGACCUUCUGGACUGGAUCGAUAUCCCCGAUCUGACAGUAACGGAUAUGGAACACAUCAAUAGCACAAGACACGUGCGAGUACCUGCCGUUGAACAAGCACAUGCUGAGCAGCUCGUACAUACUACACGGCUGAAGGAGUGGCUUGUUUCUCCUCGCUCAUCACAGCUAUUGGUGCAUGGAAAUUACGACAGCAGACGACGAGUAUCAGGGCUAACGAUGUUAUGCGCAUCCUUGGCCGACUCCCUCGAAAGCCAAUCCCUGAGGUGCAUCCGCCUAAUAUUCUACUGUGGAUUGCAUGACAACUGCGAUUUAGAUCAGCAUACCGGUGGUCGUGCCAUCAUCCAAAGCUUCAUAUGUCAACUCCUUUGCCAGUAUGACUUUAGCUCAUCUAUCUCAGCGGGUGACGUAAGACCGGAUUUCCUCUACCUAGGUGAUAUCUACGAGCUUUGCUGCUUAUUUGAGCGACUCGUCUUCCAGCUGCCAAGGUCAUGUCUGCUGGUUUGCUUGAUUGACGGCAUUGUGUACUAUGAGCGAGAGGAGUUCAAAGAGAGCAUGGCUGAUGUCCUGGUUACCAUUCUUCGAAUCUCACAAAAACAAAAAACCAACGCGACAGUCAAGGUUCUGGUGGCAAGUCCUACAAGAACCAUCGAAGUUCGUCAACCAUUUCCUGAUGAGCUUAUUCUGUCUAUGGAAUCGAGUGCUCGGUCAGUGGUGACCCCGAGUAAAGGGAGGCUUCAACGACAAUUAAGAGAGCAAGUGAAUAGUGUCUCAAAACUGGAGGACAGACCAGAUGACCAACAACAAUGGGCAUAA